UACCAUUUUAAUCAGGAUCUCUUUGUUUAGGAUGGGACAGUGACCUAUCCUCCAUCCUUCUCCUGCUCCAUUUGACUCCUCCUUCAUCACAAGGCCGCAAAAGACCAGGCAAGAUGUCUGCAUCCCAAGCUGAACAGCAUCUUGUGAUAUUCCAAAGGCAGGAACCAGUAUCCAGGAGCACCUUGAUGCGAUUGACCAGAGCCACCAACCAUAUCUUCUUGCAGUCGGGACCAGGAAGAGCAGCAUCCAUGCUUACUUCAUCAUCCUGGACAAGCAAGCCUAGCUGUGCAAGUCAAUGAGAGCUCUUGGUGCCUUCGAUGAGCUUUUCAAGACUCACUUUGUUUUUGGUACUGCUUACAAUACAAUGCUGCGCAACAUGUACACCUUCAUACAAACAACUGUGUACAACAUAGACAUUGGGAAGGUUAAGGAGACUCCAAGGGUUGCUGAGCUCAGAGCUUUUUUAAAUGGUGUUAACUUUGAUUUGGAAGAUGGACUAUAUAUGAAGAGACAUCCUCUCUUUUCUAAAGAGAAAAAUGCGUUGCAAAUUCAACUCUUUUAUGAUGACUUUGAGACCGCUAAUCCAUUGGGAUCAAAAAAGGAUAUUCACAAGUUGGGAGGUAUAUACUUUACUUUGAGAAAUUUUACCCCAAAGUUUAAUUCAAUUUUGGUAAGUAUUAACUUAUGUGCACUCUUCCAUACCCAGGACCUUAAAACCUAUGGAUUUGAUUCCAUUCUUGAGCCAAUAGUAAGUGAUUUGAAAGUGCUUGAGACUGAGGGUAUUGAAGUUCCCUUCUUCAGUGGUCGUAUACAUGGCAGUAUUGUCCAAGUAACUGGAGAUAAUCUUGGUAUACAUUGCCUGUUUGGUUUUGUGGAAUCAUUUAGUGCUCGUUAUUGUUGCCGUUAUUGCCACACUGGGAAAUGCACUCAGACCAUUGUCAAACUAUUCAGUCAAACUCAACACUACCUCAUGUGUACGGUGUGAAGCAUGCCUGCUUAUUGAACUCUCUGCAGUACUUCAAUACUACAGACACUUUUUCUGUUGAUAUAAUGCAUGACAUUUUAGAAGGAGUUGCACAACUUGAGGUAAAACGUGUGUUACAGUAUAUACAAGCCAACUUUGUGACUGCUAAAGAUGUGUACGGUAGAGUUCAUUCAUUUAACUAUGGCUACACAGAGAGGAGGAAUCAUCCACCUGCACUCAAAUUGGAUGAUGGGAGCAAUGAUUUGUGUCUAAAUGCUAUUCAGUCUUGGUGUCUUCUCUGUAAUUUGACAUUGAUAUUUGGUGAUCUGGUACAGAAAGAUGAUAAAUACUGGCAGCUGCUUUGGUUACUACUACAAAUUGUAAAUAUUGUGUUUUCUCCUAUACUAACAGAGGGCAUGACUAUCUAUCUGACGCACUUAAUUGCUGAACAUCAUAGGCUUUUCAUGUAUUUGUUUCCUGAUAGAAAUAUUUUACCGAAACACCACUUCAUGAUACAUUAUCCUUGUUGUAUAAGGAAUAUUGGGCCAAUUCUUCAUUCGUGGUGUAUGCGCUACGAGGCAAAACAUAAUUUCUUUAAAAAGCAACUGAAGAGUUUUAAGAAUGUCACUAUGACCUUAACCAAGAAACACCAAAAUGACAUGGCAUAUAAUUGGGAAAUGUUCAGCCAGGAUAGACUAGCUAUAGGUCCAGGAAAGAUGUCAAGGCUCAAUGAGCUGAAAGAAAGCCAUGAGAUUGCUGCCAAGCUGAAUGUCUCAGUGCACACAAAUGUUUUGUCAGUUAAAUGGGUAAAGCACCAUGGUACAGAAUAUCAUCUUGAUUUGGUCAUAUGUGGUGAAGUAGUCAUUGAAAUGCCAGUAUUUUACAUAAUUAAGGCUAUUGUUCUGAAAGAGGAAAAUGUUUUUUUGGUUGGGUCAGCUCUUGAAACCUUAUGUUUUGAUGAUCAUUUGCAUGCAUUUAAAGUUGUUUUGAAGCAAAGUCCACCAUGCAAGGUAUUUCAUGUAAAUGAUAUCAUGUACCACAAACCUUUUGAUUUGCUCAUGUCAUAUGGAGCAAGGGAUUCUUUUGACUACAUUCUACUCUUACUUGAUAACAGUUUAAGCCAGGGCUGGGACUUAUGGUUUGGUCAUAAUAAACAUAUUUGA